AUGGUCCUCUUAACAUCCUCCCAAGUAUCCGUCGCCAUAUCUUCUUGCAUAGUAUUCUUCUUCACCACAGCCCUCUUCCUCUCCGGAUACGUCCUGCAACAACAAACAGUCCGCGACAUCCGCGCAGCCAUAAAACCGCAAAUCGUCCCCACGGCACCGGAACUAAAGUUAUUCUUGCCAGAGAAGUAUAGGGAUCAAGAGGGCAAUGAUGGGCAGGGCAUUGGAACUGUGAAUAUUGAGGUUGGGAAGGAGGCUUAUGGUGCUGAUGAUAACAAGAAGGUGGACGAUGGAAGUGCAUCAGCUUUGGAGGGAAAUGAUGAUGCAAUGGAGGAAAAAAGUAUGAUUGGAGCUACAAGGUGGCAGAAGGCAGCAGCGCGGAUGAAGAAAGAGAGGAUAAAUGCCGAGACAGGGAAUACCCGGACACCGACGGGAGGAGAGGAAUUGCGGGAUGGAGAAGAAAAAACCUCAAAAGAACAGCCUGGGGUGGAGGAAAAGCCGCUGAGUAGAUCGGAAAGAAGGAAGAAAAUCAAAGAGGAGAUUCUGCUUGCUGGGGAGGGAGAGGGGUUCAAGGGAUACAAGAGACGGAUGUGGUGA